AUGGGCUGCUUUCCCUCCAAGUCGUCUUCCGAACCCCCACAAGCCUCUACAAUGCCUCAGUCCAAGCUCCAGCGACUCGAGCGCCCUUCUCGUUAUCCGAAGGGCCAGGGUCCCUCUUUCUACGCCGCGUAUGCACGCGCUGCACGCCGCUACGGCUUCGAGGCAGGUGUAUACGCCGGCUUCGCCAAGCGCAACAAUGUCGUAGUGAAGGUCAGAGGCAAGGAGGACAAGUCCACCGAGCACGAAGUCCCCGCCGAGUCCAUUCAGAAUGGUGAGAUCCGGCGCUUCUCGCACAUUACGGAGUACGUUGUCCAAGUGACCAUUGGCACUCCUGGUGUUACUCUCAAUCUCGACUUUGACACUGGCUCGUCGGACCUCUGGGUCUGGAGUUCCGAGCUUGCGGGCGUCUCGACGAGCGGCCACAACAUCUACAACCCAAAGAACUCUUCUACCGCUGUGAAGGCAGAUGGAACCUGGAACAUUAGCUACGGUGACGGCUCUUCCGCCUCCGGCGACGUCUACGCCGACAAUGUCAUCGUUGCCGGAAUCACAAUUUCCAAACAAGCCGUCGAGCUCGCGAGCAAACUGAGCUCCAGCUUCUUGCAGGACGGCGGGAACGACGGUCUACUCGGUCUCGCAUGGCCUGCGAUCAACACCGUCCAGCCUCAGUCAGUCGCAACGCCCGUCGAGAACAUGAUCUCCCAGAAACUGAUCAAUCCGUCGGUCUUCACUGUCAAGUUGGGCCAUGGUACUGAGGAGGAGAGCUUCUACUCGUUCGGCUAUAUCGACAAGACUGUCACCUCCAGCCCGAUUACUUACGCCAAGGUCGACAACUCUCAGGGCUUCUGGCAGGCCGAGUCCACCUCGUGGACGCUCAAUGGUGAGAAGAAGACUCGCUCGGGCAACUCGGCUAUCCUCGAUACUGGCACCACGCUCUGCCUCGUCGAUGACAGCGUUCUCGAGGCCAUCUAUGGCGCGAUUGAGGGUGCUCAGUACAGCAACCAGCAAGGCGGUUGGAUCUUCCCCACCAAUGCCAAGAUCCCCGAAGUGUCUUUCGCGGUCGGUGAGACACUGUACAAGAUAAAUGCGGUUGACUUCGCGUUCGGUGACGCUGGCGAUGGAAACACCUUCGGCGGUAUCCAGAGCCGCGGUGAUCUCAACUUUGAUAUAUUCGGUGACAUCUUCCUGAAGUCGGUAUAUGUUGUCUUCGACCAAGGCGGGCAGAGGGUCGGACUCGCGCAAAGGGAUGAUUGA